GCUCUUAGGCUCCACACGGGGUCACUACGGAGCAGAGGAGGUCCAUGCAUUCUCUCUCUCUCUCUCUCUUUUUCAGCCAAUAAUGAACGUCUGCCCCUUCUGAACUGUAGAUAUUGUCUGACUGGAAACAAAGGUAUAAAUAACCUCAGGGGCAGGCGGAGAAGGAACAGCGUUUUUCCCUGUGUGGCUUCAUUUAAAGGCAAAUUAUCAUUAGUGAGAAGAGAUAAGGCAGCCGGAGAGCUGUCAGCAUUGUAUUAGCUCUAGCUGGGUCUCCUCAUGGCUUGUUUACAUAAAUGUCAUUGUGUAGUGGAUAACCGGAAGCAUUGUAGCAUUUUAUACAACAUUCUGAAAAAUGAAGAACACUGGGACUCCCACAACAGCAACCCCAGGAAUGGAAACCAUACAGGGGGAGUCUAUGGGCAAGGCUGCUCCUGUGGGGCGCAGAAGAAAGUCACCCUAAAAAGCCCACAGGUAACAUGUAAAGCUGCCUCAGCCGUGCUGGUGAAGACCCUGAGGUUUGUGAAGAAUGUCCCCUGUUUCCAGGAGCUCCCUCUGGAUGAGCAACUAGUGCUGGUCAGAAGCUGCUGGGCUCCUCUCCUGGUACUUGGACUUGCGCAGGACAAAGUGGAUUUUGAGACAGUCGAGACAUCGGAGCCCAGCAUUCUGCAGAGGAUUCUCACCAUUAGGCAGGGGGGUGAGAGAAAGCAGCAGCAGCAGCAGCAGAACAGCUUCAUUGGAAACUCUCAGCAUAAACUCAAUCAGCUCCCGUCAGCAGCUCAGAUCAGAUGGAUCAAAGAGUUCUUGGACAAGUGCUGGGACCUGGACAUCAGCACCAAGGAAUACGCUUAUUUGAAAGGGAUUGUGCUUUUCAAUCCAGAGUUGCCCGGAUUGCACUGUCUCCAGUAUAUUCAGGGACUUCAGCAUGAAGCCCAACAAGCACUAAAUGAACACGUCAAGAUUCACCAAUGGGAGCAAAGCAGGUUCUCCAAGUUAAUGAUUGUUCUCUCCUUCCUCAGAAGCAUCAACUCAAACGCCAUUGCAGAACUUUUCUUCAGACCUAUUAUUGGUUCUGUCAAUAUGGACCAUAUGCUGCUGGAGAUGCUGGGGCCAAAAAUGUAGCUACAAAAUGCUUCCUUAUAUGUUAUAUGUGAUAAGAAGAUGAUCAUAGGAAAUCUCUCCUGAGAUAACAGAAUCGUUCUCAUUCAAAUGACAUUUUCAUCCAGUCUACUUAUUCAUAGAAGAAUGAAGCGCAUUUGUGGUUGUAAAGUAGAAAGAAUUAAACA